AUGGAUUAGCCCUUAAAAUUGUUAGAGGCCAAUACAACCCCUAUCCCUGAUAAAUUCUCCACCAAUAUGAGAUAAUUAAUCUCAUCUUUACUUUAAGUUGAUCCAAAUAGAAGACCCAAUAUACAUGAAGUCUUGAAGAUGCCUAUCAUAGUAAACAGAAUCAGAAGUGUUCUCUCUGAAAGUAUUAGAAAUGUUGAAUUUUCCCAUACUAUUUUACACAAAUAAAAUUUUGUUAAUCAUAAUUUGAUAGUUCCAUAUGAUACAGAAUUGAGGAGUGUGUGUUCAUAACCAAACCUUGGCAAAAUAUAACAACAACCAUUGCAACAAUUUCAAUAAUAAUAAUAGCCUAGCAAUUAUUUAUUGGCAUUUAAUGCAAGAGGAUAACCUUAAAAUAAUUUAUUAAAACAGAAACAAUUAUAUUAAUAGCAUUUACCAUAAAAUUAUGACUAUAUAUCUAAACCAUCUUAAUAAAAUUAUAAUCCUUAUAUGAAUUAUCCAAAAUAUCAAUACAAUAAAUAAUAAUAAUAAUAAUAAUAAUAACAAUAGCAAUAAUAAAUAUAACCAUUAUAAGUUAAUAAUCGACCAAAUAUUUCACCAUUAAAUCAAUAAAGAAAUGAAAAAUCACCAUAUUACGAAGAUAAAUCACCAUUAAGCAAAUCUCCAUUUAAUAAAGAAGGGAGGGACAAAUCUCCCUUUGAAAUAUAAAGAGAAUAAGUCAGAUAAUAAAUCAAAAGAAAUGAAGAAAAGUUUCAAUAGCUUUAAGAAAAUAAAUUAAAAUACUUAUAACCUGAUAAGUAUGAAUUACCCAAGUUAUCUAGAGAACCAUACUCUUAACCAUAAAUCCAAUAAAAAUAUUAAAAGUAAUAAUCUGAUCCUAUGUCAGUAAAAGAUCCGAUUAGAUUGGAACCAAUCAAUAAUAAUUAAAAGACAGAAUAAUAAUAAUAAAAAAUCGAUUUGCAAUAAAAGAUAGAAUAACAAUUAUAAUCAUAAUACCCUUCAUCUUCUAGAGAUUAAAAGGAAUAAAGGGACAGCGUAUAUUAAGCCCCUUAAACUGAAAGAGUAUAAGUUGCACAAUACAUUUCUCAACCUCCUCCCAGUUAAUAAUAAGCUGAUCCAAUCUAAAAAACUGAAUCUGUUAAACCAAGCAGAUAAUAAUUAAAGGAAAGUCAACUCAUCCUAUAAGAAAUUAGAGAAAUAAAAAAUGACACAAAAGAUGAUAGAGAGAAGAUGAAAUAAUUAAUGGAGAUGAAAAGAUAAAGAAAUAGUAACACAUAAUCCGAAAUCUAAGAAGUUAUCAAAGAAGCAUCUAAGAAUUCGGAGGAAUAAGAAAAUGAAGCAUCACAGUUAUUAGCAGAAUUAGAAGAUAUUGUUAUAGCUGCUGAAGGCGGUGAUGUUAAACAUUCAUAAGUAAUUAAUGUAGGAGAUGGUGAUUUACUUAAUAUACAACAAUCAGUUAGAGAAAGUGUGGAUCGAGAGGAUGAUGAUAGUUUAGAAUAAAAGUCGAAUGCAUCAAAUGAAAAUGGAGAACGAGACAGCUUUCAAGAUGAUGAAGACAUUAUUUGUGAAACGCCAAAAGAAUUGCUUUAUCAAUUACUCUUAAGAUAAAUUGGUUAAGAAUAAUUGACUAAAGCAUUAAAUAAAAUAUAAAAUACCUACUCUCAAGAAUAUAUCAAUUUAAUGCAAAAUGGAUUGGAGGAAUUGUAAUAAUACAAAGCACUAAUAUUCAUGUAUGAAUGCAUGUGA